CGAACCCUAGCUGCUAGGUAGUUAAGUUAGAUUUGAGCAGGAAGGCUCGACCACGAGGCUUCUUCAAGCUCCAGUUUUGCUCUGCUUAGGGCCAACACGCUCUGAUUCAUUCUCAUCGACUCCACUUCACUUUUCCCUAGCUCUCAGUUCUUCGAUGACAAGCGCUUGGUCAGACAGGGGCUUUGGAAUGGUACAUAGGGGUAGAGAAAGGAAGGGGGAAAUUUGUGUGUGUGUGUGUGGUUUUUUUUUUGUUUGUCUUUUUUAAUAAUUGGAUAUUGUUGCUCCCUUCUGAAGCUCUGGAAAAAUGUUAAUGAGAGGAUGAGGAGACUUAGUUAAAAUUUCGAAUUUGGAGCAAAUGAGCAAUGGAGCUUGUGGAUGACAAUUUGGAGGAAUUUUGACUUGCUUUGCUUCAUGUUUUUUUUUGGCUUUGCAAUAAGCGUCAUUUUAUUCUUCUCAUUAUGGGAGGAUGACGAGACCAAUUUAACUUUCAAAUGUUGGAGCAAAAUGGAGCUUGUGGGACACUGCUUACAAUUUGGAGGAAUUACUGACUUGUGAAAUAAUUAUAUUAUUUGUUUUCCGUAGUUGAAAUGAGCGGUCGCUUCUCUCGCACAAUCUAUGUUGGCAACCUACCCUCUGAUAUAAGAGAAUGGGAGGUUGAAGAUUUUUUCUACAAGUAUGGUCGUAUUUUGGAUAUUGAGUUGAAGAUUCCGCAUCACCCUCCAUGUUUUUGUUUUGUUGAGUUUGAGGAUCCCCGAGAUGCUGAAGAUGCUAUCAGAGGUCGAGAUGGUUAUGACUUUGAUGGUUGUCGUUUGAGGGUUGAGCUUGCACAUGGUGGUACGGGACAAUCCUCAAGUGAUCGUCGUGGUGGGUAUGGUGGUGGUGCAGCUAAGUUUGGUGUAUCAUGUCACUCUGAAUUUCGAGUUAUUGUCCGCGGGCUCCCUUCUUCUGCUUCCUGGCAAGAUUUGAAGGAUCACAUGCGAAAAGCUGGUGAUGUGUGUUUUGCAGAAAUUUCACGUGACAGUGAUGGUACUUUUGGUAUUGUUGAUUUUACCAAUUAUGAUGACAUGAAAUAUGCUAUUCGUAAACUUGAUGAUACCGAGUUUAGAAAUCCUUGGGCUAGAGCUUACAUUCGGGUGAAGAAAUACGAGAGCAGCCCCUCUAGAAGUAGAAGUAGAAGCCACAGCGUUAGAAGAGACCGGAGUAAAUCAAGGGAAAUAUCUCCGUCCAAAUCACCUGUUAAAUCCAGAUCUGCCUCUCCUGUUAAGUCACCCAGAACAAGAUCAAGGUCCAAGUCAAGGUCAAGAUCUGUAUAGGCUAAUUCCAGUUUCUGAUAUUCAAUGCGAGCCCGAUCGGUGAGCCAUUGAUGUUCAUACCGCAUAGAAAACAUAAGUCCGAUAUUGCUUGCAACUUAAUGGAGUUCUAGGGUUAGUUUUGUUGAACGUCUUAGCACAGUAUAACUGGAUACAGUCUAUGUGGGCAAGUUUAGCUAGGUGUGGCAGUGUUUCUUGGAGACAAAGCAACUAUCUCUGAACGCUAAUGAAUGAACUAAGUUACCUUUUGUUUCAUUUUGAUACCAUCUCUGAACACUAGUGGACAAGUUAGCUUGAUAUGUGA